UUUGUGUAUGUUCACAUAUAGCCUGCUGUAUGUUUAUCUCUAUAUUUUCAUACAUCAUACUGCUAGUUUAUUAAGAGUCUUUUGACGGUUGUUUCUUGUACCAGUAUGAUCAAGCUGUAAGAAGACUGUCUGCUGUCAUGGUAAUAAACCAUGUUCAGGACGCUUGAGGUGACAAAUUCUUCAGGUUAACGGUCCCUGUGAUGCUGUAAUCUAUAUAAGUCAUUAUGAAAUGCCUCUUGUCCAAUCAGAUAACUUGGCUUGACCUGUUGUUAUAUAAUCUAUAUUUUACUGUUUGGCUCUACUCUCCAACAGUAACCAGUCCUUUGACUCUGGACACAAACACAGCUCAUCCUCUGUUGAGCAUCACUGACGACCUUCGCUCUGUGACGCGGGUCAAAGGCCGUCUGCCCUGCUCUGCUCACCCCGAACGUUUCGACCACUGGCCCCAGGUCCUCACUGCCCAGACCUUCUCCUCUGGGACUCACUACUGGGAGCUGGAGGCUGAAGGAUUCUGGGAUAUCGGCGUCUGUUAUAGAAGUAUUGGACGGAAGGGGAAAGAUGGCAACGCCUUUGGGAACAACAAGGUGUCAUGGAGUUUGACUCAGCAGCAUGACAGGAAGCUGGCUGCCUGGCACAACCGCAAGAAGACCCGCCUCACGUAUCAGAUGACUGGUAACAAAGUAGCUGUCGCCGUGGACUACGGGGCUGGCACCAUCACCUUCUCUGAGGUGGGACCAUCCAGCAACCUCACCCACAUCCACACCUUCUCCACCGCCUUCACUCAGCCGGCGUGUUUGGGCUUCGGACUCUACAAAGCUGAGCUCAACAGCCACAUCUCAAUCGUCAAAGUCUGAGGACGGGGAAUGGAAAAUAGCGAGGAAGAUUUUUUAAAAAGUAAACGUCUUGUUGGUUCACAAAGUCCUACCAAGACAAAGUGGCAUUGAUUCCUAUCUCCACGUCAGGAACCUUGUUGGUGGCAGUUCUCAAUGACACUCUUUGGUGUUUCUCCGGCUGAGCUCAGCUUCUUCCUCCAUAAUGACACAAAACUGUAUAACUCUUUCAUCUGUGAUCAGGAGAUUCUGACAUUGAAAUUAUGUCUUAACAGAGAAAUGUGAGAAAAGAACACGUGAAAAGCAGCUUAGUGGACCAAGGCAGGACCACACACACAGAAGAAACAACAUGACUCCAACUUUUUUUGUGCUUUCUUUCUAUCUGUGUCAAUUAAAAUGUGAUUGAAAUCUGGUCAAAUAACAGAUGGCUGAAAUGUUGUUUUCUUUGCAUACCAGGUCGACUUCUUGUCUGUUUUCUUUCAAACAUUACACCACAUCAUUCUUUUAAAGAAGCACUGCACUACCUCAGUUUGUCUGAAAGCUACAUGUUUUAAAUGCUGGAUCAUGUUUUUAGCCAUUAGCUGUAUCUUAUUCAUUAGACUGUUGUGAGUGUUCCGAUUGAACAUUGAAAUAGUGUAUACAAAGAGAAGUGUAUACAUGCAGUGAAUGCAGCCAGUUGUCUGCUGUAGUGUCUUAUCACAGAAGCUUAUUAGUUAUUUAAAGCAUUAAAGGUGUACAAAGUGUUUUCCCAUUGAGGUUUGAUCCUUAUUACCUCAGCCUGAAAACACACACGAGUGACUCAUUAAAUCUAUUGGACACUUUGAAAAUAAGAGAA